AUGGAAUACGUUCCGCCGUGGAAGGAGCCGUACUUCAUUGCCAUUGCUGGAUGCUCUGGUAGUGGUAAGACUUCGGUCUCGUCUUGGAUUAUUCAAAAAUUGAACGUUCCCUGGACCAUCAUUCUCUCAAUGGACAACUUUUAUCGAGAGUUGACAAACGAACAGAGAGCUCUUGCUUUCGAAAGUAACUGGGACUUUGACUCUCCUGAUGCCAUCGAUUUCGAUCUGGCAAUCGAAGUUUUACAGAGCAUAAAGAAGGGUAAGAAAACGGAUGUGCCCAACUACUCUUUUACUGAGCAUAAACGCACUGAUCGUACAACAAUUAUCUAUGGAGCUAAUAUUGUGAUUCUCGAGGGUAUCUACGCAUUGUAUGACAAGCGAGUUUUGGAUCUUGUUGAUCUGAAAAUAUUUGUACAAGAAGACUAUGAUGUCUGUAUGGCAAGGCGUCUACAUCGCGACAUUUUGCACCGCGGUCGUGAACUAAGGCUUAGCAUUAAGCAGUGGGAACGGUUUGUCAAGCCUAAUUUCAUCCGUAACAUCCAGCCCACAGAGAAAGAAGCGGAUAUUAUUGUCCCCAACGGCGUGGAAAACAAGAUCGCGCUAAACCUUCUUCUGACCCACAUUCGCCUACGUCUAAAAACGAAAAGUGCGCAGCAUCUUGCCGAACUAGCGAAACUUGGACGCAAUUGUGAUCAGGAUGUGCGGGACCUGGUUCGUCUCCCGCAGUACUCCACUCAAUUGAAUGGAAUUCACACAAUUCUCUUGGACGCCAAAACUUCCCGCGCGGACUUCAUCUUCUACUUUAACCGGAUGGCUGAUAUUCUAGUUUCACUUGCCUUGGAGACGGUUUUCGAAUCAAGUGUCGAGUCUAAGACUGUUACUACGCCCACAAAACGUCAAUUCAAGGGUCUGUAUCUUCCAUUCGACAAGGUAUGUGCCGUGACCAUGAUUCGUGGCGGCGAGUGCUUUGAGAGCGCACUAAAGGCAAGCAUUCCCACUCUGUCUCUAGGAAGACUUUUAAUUCAGCGCAACACCAAGACAGGUGAACCAGAGCUCCAUAUUUCUCGGCUUCCUCCGAUUAUAACGGAGGGCUGCUCCGAGCUCAAAGUUCUCCUAACGGAUGCGCAAAUUCUUUCUGGUGCUGCCGCCGUUAUGGCUGUUCAAAUUUUAGUUGACCACGGUGUCCAGCAGCAGAACAUUGUUUUUAUUGUCUAUUCGUCUUCGGAAAUAGGGAUCAGACGUUUACAUGCUGCUUUUCCUGAAAUUAGUGUAGUUGUCGGUCGAGUCAGCCCUUCGAUCUUGAGCUCAGACUACGACAGAUGCUAUUACGGUACAUAA